AAUAAAUAUCUUUUGGAUUUAAUUAUUAGAUUUUAAUUGUUCAUUAAUGUAAUUAAUUAUUUGAUUGAGUAACUCAAUUUGAGUUAAGCUUUGUUAAGCUAAGGGCUACGAAGGAGAACUCUUUUUUUGGCGAUCUGUGACACCUGUGACUCGCAGUUAAUUUUGUAUUUGCUCAGGGAGUACGGCUGCAGCAGCUUUACAUCAAUGGAAUUGGGUUUACUGAACUCAAAGCGAGGAAUUCUUGAAUAAAUUCGACAUUGGCUGAUAAGCAAUAAGAUUGAAGAUGGAGUCCCAAGUUGGAAAUCUGGAAAGUCUCCUCGCACCGAUAAGCUAUGGGGAUGAGUAUGCUCUGCCAAGGGACAUCCCUGGAAAGCCUACCCUUCUCACAGGAGUUCAUUUUAAUGGACAUGUAUCAGACAAUUGUGAGUGGGGCUGGGCCUACAGUCAGUCAGUGAUACGAUGCUUCCCACUCCCGGUCUCUGAUGAGUACACGAUGACGCAAGGACCUCUCGCUGUCUGUCCAGAACCGUACCAAUUUCCUGACGAUUGUUUCAUCACUUGUGCUACGGAACUAACACUUCACAACCCAAGAGUUACAAACGGAGUUUCACGACUCGUUAUUGGACUGAACUUUCGAAACUGUGAAGGGGGGUUCGUCAUCUUUGAUCCGAUGAAGGCCCAGCCCAUUAAAUUGGUCAUGCUUCCGUCAGCGGUGACGAGUAUUACUGUGAUAAGCCAUUUUGAAGAUACCGGAUUCAACAGUCAUUUCUUUAAUGAAGCCAUGAUGGCGAUGGUUGGCGUUGUGGCGGUUGGAUUGCGAGGCGGUCAAGUAAUUAUUCUGGACCUCGGCCUCGAUCAAUUGCCAAAUUCUAGUCUGGCUCAGUAUAAAAAUGUGUUUGUAAAACGACCCUACAAACCUGUCUUUGUGACACCACAUGAGCCAAACAUUGCUCUCAAGAGGCAUCAAUUGAUAGGGGAGAAGAAAGUAAUCGGACUGAGCGUUUUGAAUGCAUCGGAUGAAGACGAUUUGGAUACCAGGGAAGGGAAUACUGCCAGCUAUCACUUUUCUCGCCCGGAUAAGACAAAAAUUAGAACGUUUUUCCAGAGAAAUGUUCGCGUUACUGCAGUCGAAUACGUAUCGCAGAUUGGGCUUUUCAUUGUGGGAUUUGAUUUCGGAGGAUUUCAGAUUUGGCGUGUGGAUAGGUUGCAGUUAGUAUAUACUAGCUCAAUACCACCCCGUCCAUGUAACGGCGUGUUUGGUUUCUCUUUCUCUCAGCCGGUUGAUGAUCCCAAGAAUUACUGUUAUUUGUGGGUCAUGUAUGGCAAGGCCGGGUUGGAAAUGGGCCACUCGAACGUGGAAUUAUACUGCAUUGAAUUUCAGGAUAAGCCAGCUCUGGGAAAUUUGGGCUAUAUCUACAAGGGUUUUGUACAAUGCAUUAAGAAACUGUCCUUCAAACUGGAAGACCAAUUCGACGACGCCAUCAGCGGAGAAGGCAAUGACCAUGCCGAAGGUCGAUUUUACGUGAGACCACUGAAAAUCUGGAACCUUCCAUCGAGACCUAAUAGCAAACAAUUGACAUUCUUCGCUUGGGAGUCGGCUCGAAUUGGAAUUUACUACGUUGGAGUUUUCGACUUGAAUCAGUGGUAUUCAAGCCGAAUGCCAGAAUCGUUAUGCUUCAUGGACGUAACUAAACUAUGUCCUUUCUGGGUUGCAAUUCCUGUCGAAACUACGGAUCAAUACCGUGCUAUUCCAGUAUGUGAUGUUCAAAUUAUUCCUACAACCUUGGAACGAUGGAGAAAUCCACAUUGCACUUUGGACAUCCAUAUGUAUCCGGCUUCCUUGUCGUUUGAAGCGAUUACAUUGUCACAAUCGGCCACAUCCUCAUUCCAGUUUUUCGGUGUGCAAGAGAAACUCCUUCGGAAGUUGAUUGACGACGGAACAAAUUUAAUGAUACAACCAGCCCACAUUAGGCACAUGUUUAAAACAUACGGAGUAAGACCAAUCCUUCCUCAAAAUUAUGACUCUAGUGUUCCCAAAGAGAUGGCAGAUCGAUUCUACAUUUUUUCCUCCCUUCUCGACAAUCGCCGCCCUGCAAUGAUCAUACAACUGGCUGGAAUUUGGUUGGACGGUGGAUAUGCAAAUGUAGGAUGUACCAUCGAUUUGAUCUUGAAUUGGAUUUCGUCCUACACUUUUAGUUUAAGAGUGGUGGCAACCAGCCACUGGACGCACUUGCAUCAAUGUCAUCUAGAAUUUCUUGCCCCAGAGACGCAACACUUUAUCUACUAUUCUAACUUUGCGUGGGAAUCGCUUCGUGCCAUAUUUACAACAAUAACAAGACCAGAUGAAGUUUAUCUAGUUCGCGAAGAAUUUAUCAAUAAUCUCUCAAUUGGAUUGAACAAAAUUGUUCGCUACUCGUCAGCAUUGAGAAUGAUGUUCAAUGCUCAAGUUCUCCCUGAAAAGUCAGACUGUGAUAUAAUCAGCUUAAUGAUGGAGGAUCACUUGAAACGACGAAAGAAUGUUGAAAGAGCUCUUCAGGAUUGUGACUUGUUGGGUCCCGAAUUUAGAAGUGUUCGUCCAAUGAUGAUUGAUUAUUUGUUGGAAACAUUUGACGAGGAUGAAUUGAGGGAACAAUGGCACGUUGAACCGAAUGAGCCUGUCUAUCCUCCAAAGCAUAUUGGAUACAUUCUCAAUUUGUUUCUUUUGGAUGAAAUCGAUCCAAAAGAUGUGGCCCGUAUCGCUGCCUAUUUCUUGCUGGAUAUUCGCGACGUUGUAACUCCUGAGCAAAAGGACAAGCUAUGCGGCGAUUAUCUCUCUGUGAUGCAACUAACAGCCGAAGAGGAAGCGGAGGUCUACCAUUUGUGGUUAAUGGAUCAGGGUUAUGGAGAAGAAAUGAUGAUUUUCCUUACGCAUCCUGGUCGAUUAACUUCAUACGAAUUACCCUGGUGUGCUGUGGCCGUGAUUCUUACUGCGACUGGGAUGGAAGAAUCGGUUAAGCAACUCUUGAAAAGAUCUUGUCCUUUAGUCCUGUCACAACUUUUUGUCAACUUGAUGAGUACGAGUGCUGGAGUUUUUUCCUCCAUGUUUGACACAUCUGCUUUUAAAACUCUCUGUCGGGACGAGGACUUUCUCGUAGCAGUUUUUACAACUGCAUACGAAAAAGGAUUCCUUGGGGAAUUGAUUGCCAAGUCCUUGAGACAUGUCCCUCCAUUCGCUGUCCAAGUUUUGAUCGACUUUCUAAACAAAACUCCCAGUUUCGAGUUUUACGACUGGCUCCUCGCGGUCUAUUGUCAUACAGGAGACAUAAAGAAUCUGGAAAUGCAGUACAAUCGGAUGAAGCAAUUUUGCGAGAGUAGAUUACUUAAUCAUGAGCAAAAUCUGCGGUGGAUGUUGAGAGAGAAGGUAGUGCUAAGCAUUUUGGAUACCGAGCAGUCAAAAUCAAGUGGAGUUUUAGCUUUUAUUCGAAAAUGUGAUAAAAAAUCGUCAGCGACUUCAAUAGCUCGGCCGAUAAUUCCACCCAUUGUCAUUCGUCCUUGUCAAGUUCCAUCUACUCCGCCACCUAGACCUUCCGAGGAGGAAGAUUGCAUUGUUAGAAACCGCUAUAACAAACUUCCUCUCCAAUUUCAACGUUUGAAGGAAUCACAAGGCGGCGUGUUAAGUCCUUUGCGUCGUUAUGCUGUGAAAUUGCAGUCAGUUUUACGAACGCCACACCGGGGCAAUACGAGUGUCAUGGAUGGAAAUACCAGCAUCGUCACCGAUCCUGUCGAGCCGACACCCGCUCCUCGUCUCAUGAUAAGCAUUUUAAAUUAUCCCAAUGAAGAUGAUAUUCCUGAGGAGGAGGACGAAGAUGAAGAGUAUAAUCCAGCAAAUGAGCCAAUCAAUGGCAACAUAUCUCACGUAGAUGCUUCAUUUCUUGACGAUAGUAUGGACACAUCCCGAGAAAACAAAUCUUAUUUCCCGAGCCCGAGCCCAAUCAACUUGAAGAGUUUCUUGGAACCUCCAGUGGUGAAUCAUAAAGAGGGAAGAAAAAGUAUAUCCAUUGUAGGGGAAACACCUUUACUGAGUCAGUCCAUGUCCACAAUCGGUUCUGCAAAUCGACCACUAUAUUUCUCCACUGGCUCUGUCGGAGGAGAGAAUUUACACUCAAUUAUGAAGAAGAGAGAUUCCACUUCUCGUCGAAAUAUGGAGCUCAGAUUUUUGGAUACUUCAAUGGAUUCGAAAGUAGGAGAUGAAGAAAUUGCGGAAUUGAGUAACAUGCUUAAACCUACUUCAGAUGACGAAGAGCAACGACCACUUGAGUCGAUUGUCGAUAUAAAGCCGAAGCGGUCCCCCAGAGGAAAAAUGACAACUCGAUUAGACGACCAAUCUGUUAGCACGGUUGACACCAAAGAAGAUGCUGUGGCUGCUCCGCCCUCAUCAUCUAGUGUCAAGAAAACGACGCCGACGCGUCGAUCCAGAUCAAAGACUCCAGUAUCUGCUUCAGAUGACAAACAACUGCCACCACCACAUGAAGCGAAUGUCGAUAUUAGCCCCAAAAGGUCUCCUCGAGGAAAGACACCAGCUUUAUUGGACCAGUCUGUUAGCAUUGUUGACACGAAAGAAGACACGGCUGCUCCAACUUCUUCACGUAGUGCCAAGAAAGUGACGCGUCGAUCGAGAUCGAAGACUCCAGUACCUCUCGAACUUCAUGCAUCUAUAAUUGAGCAAACCGCAGAAUCUAGCAACAUAUUCGAAAUAUCAACAGCAAACGAAUCUGCCCUACUUCCUGUUCCCACGGUCAAGUCAAGGCGAUCCAAAUCAGUCGAGGUUGAGUCUAUUGCAACUCCAACCCGUAAAAGGAGACGCAGCCCAAUCAUGGAAAGUAACCUGCCGAGCAGAAUAGAAACCUCCAUAGUGGAAGAGACGGAGGAGGAGGACUCCAUAAUUGAACAACCUAAAAAGAUAAGUGUUAGGACACGGUCAAAAUCUGCCACAUCUGCAAAUGAUGCUAGUAGUUUAUUACUUGAUGCCUCUGGGGACGAUUUUGUUCUCAAUUCUACUCUGCAAACACCACGUCGUAAAGGACUUAGGUCGGGAUCUCAUGAUUCACUAAUGGACUUGGUUACACCGUCUACAGUAACAAAAGCUGCAAGUUUACCCCGAAAGCGUAAGGUCUCUCCUCGCCCACCAAAACUCUCACCAGAAACAGAAGUUCAUGACGAACAAGAGCGAGAAUCAGAUAUGCCAAGAAAACGGACUCGUCGAAUCAAACCAGUUGAGUCAAAAGAUGCCGACGCAGGGUCAGACAUUUCUGAUGUUCCACCCAAGGAUCCUUCCCAAGUGCCAUGUACUCCUCGCAAAAAAUUAUUUGAGGAUAAUUUAGGAACGCCACAUCAGGGCGACACGAAGGAUGAAAAGACCAGCAUUGUCAUCGACCCAGUUGAGCCAACAGUGACCUCUCCAAGUCUCAUGAUGAGCAUUUUAAAUUAUUCCAACCAAGAUUUCCAUGAGGAGGAAGAAGGUGCUUCUGAUCCCGCAAAUGAGGCAAUUAAUAGUGCUAACAUAUCUCAAGUGGGUGCUACGUCUUUUGAGGAUAAUAUGGACACGUCCCAUGCAAGUAAGUCCGGAGAUGAAAAAGUGGCGGAAUUGAGUAAUUUACUACAGCCUGCUUCAGAUGACGAACAACUACCGCCUGAACCCACUGUCAAUAUAAAGCCGAAGCGUUCUCCAAGAGGAAAGACACCAACCACAGAAGAUACUACGCCUAUUCCAUCUUCUUCACCCAGUGGAAAGAAAACGACGCGUAGGUCAAGAUCGAACACUCCACUACCUUCUUCCGAUAACAAAGAACAACCAUCACCAUCUGAGCCAAUUGUCGAUACAAAACCGAAACGUUCUCCAAGAGGAAAGACACCCACACCCAUCCUAGACCAAUCUGUGAGUAGUGGUGCCACCAAUGAAGAUACUGCGCCUGUUCCACCCUCACCCAGUGGAAAGAAAACGACGCAAAGGUCGAGAUCAAAGACUCCAAUACAUACUUCCGAUAAUAAACAACAACCACCACCACCUGAGCCGACUGUAGAUAUAAAGCCGAAACGGUCCCCCAAAGGAAAAGUGCCAAGCCUAUUAGACCAAUCUGUUAGCAUUGUUGACACCAAAGAGGAUACUGUGGCUGCUUCGUCCUCAUCAUCUAGUGUCAAGAAAACAACGCGUCGAUCAAGAUCAACGACGCCAGCACCAGACGACAAACAACCACCACCACCUGAGCCAAAUGUCAAUAUUACGCCCAAACGAUCUCCACGAGGAAAGACACCCACUCUACUAGACCAAUCUAUCAUUAUUAAUGACAACGAAGCAGAAGAUACUGCUAGUCCACCUUCUUUGGCUACUGUCAAGAAAACGACGCGUCGGUCGAGAUCCAAGACCCCGGUACAUCUAGACCUCGAUGCUUCUAUGGUUGACCAAACUGCAGAACCUAGCAACGUAUUUGAAAUAUCAACGACAAAUGACCCUGUCAAACCGAACCGACCCAAAAAAGCAGAGGCAGAGCCAAUUGUGAGAGCAACUCGUAAAGCAAAGCGUACCGUUGGAGGGUUUGCCCCCGAAUUAUCAACUGUACAUGAAGAUUCAGCCUCGUUGAUAGACUCUUCCGUUUUGAAUGCGACUCUAUCGCAAUCGCAACUAGCAUCAUCAGUUGGAGGAAUAGAGACACGAUCUGCCACUGCUAGGAGACACAGUCCAAUGUUGGAGAGUACCCUGCCGAGCAGUUAUAGAAUGGAAACCUCUAUCGUGGAAGAGACAGAGGAGGAGGACGUCGUAAUAAUUGAACAGCCUAAAAAGAGGGGUGUUAGGACACGGUCAAAAUCUGGCACAUCUACGACUGAUGCAGAUUGUUUCGCAGAUGUCUCGGCGAGUGGGGACGAUUCUGUUCUCAACUCUACUUUGCGACCACAACGGCGUAGAGGACUUCGGUCUGAAUCUCACGACUCGGAAGUGGAUUUAGUGACUCCGUCAACUUCAAAAAAAGCUUUAUCGCAACGACAGAAAGUUGCUUCUCCACCACCAAAGUUGUCACCACAAAUCCAUGACGAACAAGAGCAAGAAUCAGAUAUGCCAAGAAAACGGACUCGUCGAAUCAAACCAGUUGAAUCGGAAGAUGCCGAUUCAAGAUCAGAUAUUUCUGAUGUUCGAAGCACUGUAAGUACUAGGAGCUUGCGGUCACGUAGUAAUCGAAAGAAGGAAAAGUCCUCAGCAUCUUCGAGGAAUACGCGAGCUGCGAGUUGUCAAUAGGUAAAUAAAUGAAGCAUGGCACUAGUAGAAUUGUAAUUAAUGUUUAAUUAUCAGAUUGUGAAUUAUUUCGUCAAUUAAGUUUGUGAUGAUGGUGUUCAGAAAGAAUUAAUUAAGCUUAAUUAUUGAAAUGUAAAGUGACGAUAUAUACUUGAUCUUUUCUAAUGCGACUGAAAAUAAAUUGUAGGAUGGAUCAUAUUAAAAUUUCAGAAAAACUUGUUUAAUGUCAUGAAUUUUUUGGAAAAAUAAAUUUGAGAUUAUGAAAUA